AUGCAGAUCUGCCCUCUCCAUAACUUCAAGCUUUUUAAGAUUCAGAAGCUGAUCACAUGGAAGACCCAUAUGGUUCGAGCUGCUUAUUUGUCCACUUGCGCAGGUCUUUCCAUCGUACUUGAAGUCAGAGCUUGGAUCGAGUUCGAUCUUGACCAAGCUGUAAAGGCCGAGCUGGAUGGGAGGGAAGUUCUGGCGGCGAGGGAGAAAGAGGAAUUCUCUGCUGCCUUGGAGGCUGCUUCCUCCACCAUGAAGGAUGAGCUGCUAAGGGCUCAUUGUGGACACUCUGGAGGCCGAGGUGGAGGCCAAGGCCGAGCUAUUGAAGAAGGAAGAGGACAUGUCAUGUAAUACCAAACGACCCCUUACAAAACAAAACACAAUUUGUUUCUUUUUUUGUAAAUCACAAAAAUACAGAUAAUUUAAGAUAACCACUAUUAAAAAAUUAACAACUAAGAGAAUAAUGC